UUUCGUGUUCUUUUACGUAAUCUGUCGAUUCAGUUCAAAAUAUUAAUUUUUGAAGGCGUCGCUUUGAACGUCUGUUUAAGAUAUAAAUAUGUAUGUGUCUGACGUGACAAUGCCUUACAUAUCGCCACCGCCUUUGCCAUGGCCAAAUCUGACCAUGGCAAAUGCCUUCAACGCAAUGCUGCCCUCCUAUCCAACGCAACAGCAGAUCGCUGUGCGCGAUAAAUCAGAUGACAAAUCGAAUGUAUCAUUGUCAUUUCCAUCGCCUUUAUCACUGCGGCAUGUCAAAUUACAAAAUAAAAUUACCGUGAAAUUGCAAAAUGAAAACUUGUGGCAAAAAUUCCACACCGAGACGAACGAAAUGAUCAUCACGAAACUUGGCCGACGCAUGUAUCCGUCCAUCCAGUUGAUCGUCAGCGGUUUGGAGAAGCACGAGCGUUACUACAUCGUCUUGGAGAUUCAACCGGCGUGCAGUCGACGGUACAAAUAUUGCAGAAACAGCGCGGGUCAGGAUGGAAGGAGCGAUAUCGGAGGUUGGAGCUACGCCGGGCCGGCGGAACCCCAGCCGCGCUUCGACCGCAGGAUCUACAUGCACCCCGACGGACCUGCCAUGGGCGAUUACUGGAUGAAGAAUACAAUCAGCUUCACCAAACUAAAGCUCACGAACAAUGUCGUCGAGCGUAAUCACGUGCUGUUAACAUCGAUGCACAAGUACAUUCCUACGAUUCGGAUAAUUCGUUGUAACAAUGCAGAGACUCUUACCGAACUCUUUUCUCAUCCAGCUGCAUCAUUUACUUUUAACGAAACUACUUUUAUUGCCGUAACAGCGUAUCAGAAUAAAAAUAUCACGCAGUUAAAGAUUGACAACAAUCCGUUCGCGAAGGGAUUUACCGAUGUGGGACGGUCGCGAUGCAAGCGCAAGUAUCAGGAUCUCGAGAGGAAGGACGAUCAGAAUUCCUCUUUCGAAUCGGCCGAGUCGAAUUCUCACUGCGAGAGCAGCUUAGACGGCUUGCAGGAGAGUUCCGAGAGCCGAAUUUCAGACGACGAUGCCUGCAAUACCGUGAAGCGAUACCGGUCAACAUCGAUAACUACGAACCAUGAAUCGCCUUUAAGGGAGGAAGAUAAUAAUAACGAAACACCUAUACGCUUUCACAGGCCCUGGUUGAAUUCACCAUCUUCCGACCAGCCGACAGCAACGGAAACAUUGCCAUUAUUACAAAUAUCACCGUACAAUUGUUGGUACCCUACUUGCGUUCCCAGGCUUCCCCAAAUCUUCUUACAGCAACCGAACUUGAAUUACUACCCCUCGAUGCUCCAUAUGAAUUUAUCAAGAAAAUAAUUUUAUUUUGCUUUAAAAAUUUUCUACGCGCAAUUUUUUUGAAACAAAAUAAAAUUACUUUCGUCGAUGCUGAAGAGAAGAAUCUUUAGAAUUUAUAGAACCGCGAAACCACGUUAGGUUAGAAACAGGGAAUCAGAACAAUUGUAAGAGCAGUGUCGUGGGGCAGAAGGUUAAGUGUUAGGUGCGUGGAACGAAGGGUCCCAACUCCAAAUCCCAGCUUCGUAAUUUUUUCCCUACCUCUUACAGAUUGUUUCCUGAUUAAUUUUACGAGUAGCUUACAAUGUAAACUCAUAAAUAAACUUGUCGAUAGAGCUCAUAUUUGUGAUAAUUUGUGUUAGACUUGUAUAUGUCUCUUUUACUAUUGCGUCAUGUAUAUUAUUAUUGUAUAUUUAAUUACCAAAGAAAUAUAUAUAUAUAUAUAUAGACAUAUACAUAUCUACACAUAUAUGCAAUAUGACCAAAAAUCAUAUUUUGAUACCAGUUGAUACCGUAUGCUACCUUUACAGCCAAAGAAUUUUAUUCUUCUCUAUGAAUAGAAUGGCAUUACCGAGUGUCUUAUUCGUUUAAUUUUUCUUAUUUUUUCUAUUUUUUAUCCAUAACUCUAACAUAAAAUAAUGUAAUGUGUCACAGUGUUAUCAGAAAUCAAACUGAUCGACUCCACUUUUUGUAAACUUCUUAAUUUUAGCAUCAGUGUGAAAUUAUUAAUUUUUUCUACUUUUUACUUCAUCGAGUUAAUUAGCUUGAUUUCUGAAA